AUGUCGCUUUCUUCCCCAAGAUAUCACGACGGCGCAAGAAAGAGGAAAGAAGAGAGUACGGGGGAAAAUCUCCGGGCGGCAGCCAUGGCGGCUGUGAAAGGAGGCGCCUCUUGAAACACCGAGAUCUGAUCCAAGAAAUCGCCAACAAAAGUCCAAAAAAGAAGAACAUCCAUCGUCCCUCCUCCCCCACUGCGUUAUUGAUCGGGAAAAACAACCGAAGAGGAAGGGUAUCACAAGAAAAAAAGGAUGGAAAACAUGGAUGGAGGCAUGGGUGAAAAUUUUCAAAGAUGGAGCUUCCCAUCGUUGACACCGGAUGAUGUUUUGGUAGAAAUUUUUGAUGGAUUGCAUUCCUCAUACCCGUUGCUGCCGCUACUACAGCAAGUCAUUUCACUUUCGCAAGGUCAACACCCUACAGAGGUGGAAGAAAAUGGACCCAACCCCACUCAAAAUGUGCUGCAUCCAGAUUUAAGACAAGAACCAUACACUACAAGGCAGCCUUGCCAGUUUGCACAAAAAGAUGGCAGUCGAGCCCAUGCGAUACAGCAACAAGCGAUGCCGGGUGGUAUGGACACUAUGGGCCGCCCUACGCCCACUAUAAAUGUCGGUGCUAGCACAUUGCCACCAGAGCCAAUGUUGCAUAGAUCAACUGAAGAAAAGGACAGAUGGCAGAGAAAACAAUGAAGAUAAUGAUGAUGAUGCUGGUGAUGGGAUUUCACCGCCUAAGAAACCUGAGGACAACAUGAAAUUCGACACCAUUGAAGCUGCAAAGCAACACCAUGUCAAUUAUGCAAGGUGGAACGGCUUUGGGAUAAGGAUUGACUACCAGAGACCCAUUAAAAGUGGCGAAACAAGUCAAGCCCAGUUUGUGUGCUACAAAGCGGGCAAGAACAAGAAGGCCAAGGAAGACACACUGUAACAUCCCGAUUUUCAAAACCCUUCAUAUGCAUUGCAUAUCAUAAGCAUCAUGCCACUCUUGCA